AUGUCUACUUCACUCUUUUCUAUCUAUCUAUCUAUCUAUCUAUAUAUCUAUCUAUCUAUCUAUCUAUCUAUCUCCUUCUUCUAUCUAUCUAUCUAUCUAUCUAUCUAUCUAUCUAUCUAUCUAUCUAUCUUUUCUCCUUCUUCUUCUCUCUCUCUCUCUAUAUAUAUAUAUCUAUCUAUCUAUCUAUCUCAUUCUCCUCGAUGCCAAGCAAAUACAUCUAUCUAUCUAUCUAUCUAUCUAUCUAUCUAUCUAUCUUACACUUUCACUCUCGCUCUCACUCACUAUCUUCCUCAGUCUUUUCAUCAUUCUCUUUUACUCUAUCUAUCUCAGUUUUUCUGUCUUUCUCUAUCUAUCUAUCUAUCUAUCUAUCUAUCUCGGUCUUUCCAGGGCAAUUUAUCCUUCUCAUCCAGUAAUAUCAAGGCAUUGAUAUUUUCAUAUCUAUCUAUCUAUCUAUCUAUCUAUCUAUCUAUCUAUCUAUCUAUCUCCGCCUUCUAUCUAUCUAUCUAUCUAUCUAUCUAUCUCCGCCUUCUAUCUAUCUAUCUAUCUAUCUAUCUAUCUAUCUAUCUAUCUAUCCCAGUCUGCUAUCUAUCUAUCCUCUUAAUACGCAACCAUAAACACUCGGCUCCAAAAGAGAUUUUUCUUCUUCAUCUUCUCCUCCUCCUUAUUCUUUUUCUUUUCCUCCUCCUCCUCCUUAUUCUGUUUCUUUUCCCCCUUUUCCUUCUUCUCCUUAUUCUUUUUCUUUUCCUCCUUCUCCUCCUCCUUAUUCUGUUUCUUUUCCUACUUCUCCUCCUCCUUAUUCUGUUUCUUUUCCUCCUCCUCCUCGUCCUUAUUCUGUUUCUAUUCCUCCUUCUCCUCCUCCUUAUUCUGUUUCUAUUCCUCCUUCUCCUCCUCCUUAUUCUGUUUCUUUUCCUCCUUUUCCUUCUCCUCCUUAUUCUUUUUCUUUUCCUCCUUCUCCUCCUCCUUAUUCUGUUUCUUUUCCCCCUUUUCCUUCUCCUCCUUAUUCUUUUUCUUUUCCUCCUUCUACUCCUCCUUAUUCUGUUUCUUUUCCUCUUUCUCCUCCUCCUCUUUCUUCAUCAUCUUAUGUACCUCCUCCUUCCCUUCUGCUUCUCCUUAUUCUUCUUCUUUUGCUGCUAUUUCUUCUUCUUCUUCUUCUUCACCUCCAGUUUCUUCUUCUUUCUGCUUCUUCCUCUCCUUCAACUUCUCCGUCUUCUUGUUCUUGUACUUGGUCUGCUGCUGCCACUUCUUUUUCUUCUCUCUUCCUUCGUCUUCUUCGGAAUACUCUCCCUCCUCUUCUUCGUCUCCUCCUCCUUCCUUUUCUGCUUAUUCUCCUCCCCCUUUUUCUUCUUUUUUCUUCUUUUUUCUACUGCUGUUACUUUUUCCUACUCCCUCUUUUCUUCUUCUUCUUCUUCUUCUUCUUCUUCUUCGUCUCCUCCUCAUACUACUCCUUCUCUUUCUGCUUGUCCUUCUUCUUCUCGUCGUCUCCUCAUUGGAGUGAUUCUAAAUCUUACAUCUGCGUCGUUAUUAUCUAUCUAUCACAGUCUGUUCCUAUCUAUCUAUCUAUCUAUCUAUCUAUCUAUCUAUCUAUCUAUCUAUCUAUCACAGUCUGUUCCUAUCUAUCUAUCUAUUUAUCUAUCUAUCACAGUCUGUUCCUAUCUAUCUAUCUAUCUAUCUAUCUAUCUAUCUAUCACAGUCUGUUCCUAUCUAUCACAGUCUGUUCCUAUCUAUCUAUCUAUCUAUCUAUCUAGCUAUCUAUCUAUCUAUCUAUCUAUCACAGUCUGUUCCUAUCUAUCACAGUCUGUUCCUAUCUAUCUAUCUAUCUAUCUAUCUAUCUAUCUAUCUAUCGAUCUAUCUAUCUACGGGCACUCCUACAUGGUUUAA